AUGUUUAAGAAGUGUUUCUUUUUUUUAAUAAUCUCUAUAUUUAGUAUAAUUUUAGCGCUAUAUAAUAAAGUAAAGUACGAAAAUGUUGGUGUAAAUUAUUAUAGUAGUGAAAAUAACAAUGGAGGGAGUAGUAGCGAACGUAGCCGAAGGCAUGGUAGUGAUAGCAGCAAGGGUAGUUAUAAUGGCUGUGAAUUAUCAGAUGAUUAUUGUUCUGUUGAUUAUAUUGGAGAUAUUAAGGAAACCCAAGGAAGUAAGAUUGUAAGUUAUAAGGACACACGUAUUAAUAAAGUUAAGAAAACAUUUAGUCAGAUGUUUCAUCCCAUUUUUUCAGAAAUGAAUUAUGAAAGUACAGGUAAAAAUGUUAUCUCUUUAUUUUUAGAAUUUUUUGAUAAUGCAAAAAUGUUCACAGUUGUUUCGAUGAGAUCAAGUUAUCAUAUGCUACAUGCAUAUGGAAUAGUAUUAAUAUCACUACUAAAGAUUCUCUUUUUGUGGUUUAUUAUUAUUGAACCAUAUAUGCAAUGGUUGUUUUUUGAAUUAAAAAAAUUUUAUAUAGAUUUAGAUUACAAAACGAAGAAAUAUAUAUUUAGUACGAUAUGUUUUUUUAUAGCAUUUCUUUACUUUGUUUACACUGGUAUUAUAAAUUAUAUUUUAAAUAAAAUUACCAAGUUUUAUAAAUACUUGUUAAAAAAAGUAUUUGGAAUAAAUAAUUUCUUAUUUAAUGUAUUUCCAUAUAUUAUCAGCUGUCUGCUAUAUGCUACAUUGGUAAAAACGGUACCUAUAUAUUUCAUUUCCUUUUUUAUUUAUUCUUGCUUUUUUCCAUUACCGUCCAUAUAUUCAGUUGUUAUAAUUAUAAAAUACAUAUAUUUACCAACCAUAAACGAUUGUGUUAUUAACGCCUUAACACAAACAUUAAAAUGCAAAAAUGACGAGACAAAUGAGCAAUAUAGCAUUUUAAAUGAUAACGAAUUUGUUGAGUUGAUUCAUUCCGAUGACGAUUCUUAUAAUAGGCAUUCAGAAAAAAAGAAGAAAAAUUUGGAAGCAACACGUAAGGAGAAAGAGGAUAAGCAAGAAACAGUAUGUAAGAGCGACAAAAGGGAAAAAAUAGCAGGAAGGGUUGCAUUAGAGGAGGAGGUUAAAGACGAGGGAAAGAACAAAGUAAAGGAUGAAGUAAAGCACGAAGUAAAGAACGAAGUAAAGCACGAAGUAAAGAACGAAGUAAAGCACGAAGUAAAGAACGAAGUAAAGCACGAAGUAAAGAACGAAACAGGGGGUGAAGUUAUGGACGAAGUAGUGGACAAAGUAAAAGAAAAAGUAAUGGACAAAGUAGAGGACAAAAUAGAGGACGCAUUAUAUGACGAAAAAACAGAUGACGUGCAGGAAGCGGAGGAGAUAAAAGAAACAAAGUACACAAAUGAUGAGCACGAAACAAGCGAAGUAACAGGAAAAAAAGUGAGUAAUAUGGACAAAAGGAAAAAUAAUAAAAAUGACGAAGAUGAAAUAAGCUCGAGAGUAAAAAGUUCCAAGAAAAAGAAAUUAUUUUCUUUUAAGUUAGAUAAUUUAAAGUUUAUUCCAAAAAAGAAGAAAAAAGAAAAAAUGAAAAUUGAAAGAUCUAUGGAGAUAGAAUGUAUAGACAACAAAGAAAAUAAUUAUGAAUCUUUAGAUUUAUCAAAAACAGAUAAUGAAAAUAAUGUUAUUUGUUAUGAUGUGUCAAUUUUAUUAGAAUAUUGGUUAUUUAUUAACAUUCUGAAGUUCUUAAAUUUAUUUUUUUUUUUCCGCAAAUAUAACAAAGGAUCCUUUAUGUUUGAGUAUUUUACAUUAUUUGUUAUAUGUAUUAAUAUUAGCGAAAAAUUACACGAAUUUAUGUUUUUAAAAAAUUACAAAUCGUCCAUUUUAGUUCGUUUUUUAAAAAAAUUUUUAGUAAGUACUGUAGAUUUUCUUUUAUAUUCUUUAUUUAAUAUAAGAUUAGAAAGUGAAGACAAAAAAGGAAAAAAUGGUACGGAUCCAAAUUUGAAGUAUGCUGAAAGAAGUAAUAUAUUAAUCAAGUUAUCAAAAAUAGUAAAAGAAAAGCUAAAAUUGAAUGAAACAGUAAAAUUCAGCCUUACAUGUUUAAAAUCGGUUAUUACAGAAAAUGUAGUGGAAAGUGUUAAAUUACCAAUUUAUAUAAAGAUUUUUAUUAAUAUACUAAUUUAUAUGCCUCAGCUAAUAUUGUUAAUUUUUCCUUCUUUCAUUCUUAAAAUAUAUUUUGCUUAUUUCUUUUUUAUUUUUCCAAUAUUUGGAUCACUCAAAAGUUUAGAAGAAAAAAAUUCAGCACAUAAUAAAAUUUAUUACAUUUGUUAUUUCUUUUUUUACAAUAUUGCCUCGGUAACCGUAAAUCAUGCUUUUUUCAAGUGUUUGCCUUUUUAUAAUUUAUACAAAAUUUUAAUUACCAUUCUAGUUCAAACCAUUCUUAAAUAUAUUUUUAAUGCUCUUAAGGGAAGGAAAUAA